AUGGAGAUUAACACUACAGUCGGUUCUAAUAGUCUUAGGGAGACUAUUCGCUUCGCUAUCAACCCAGACACAUUACCUAAAGGAACAGUAGCCAGCCGUUUGAGCCUAGAUCGACCUCAUCUUUCAAUUCAGAUCGAGCACGAUACACACCCUGAGCCGACUCCUCUUCAGAACUAUGGACCCAGACGCUCUUCGCCUCUUAAAGAUUCUCUUAUAGAUACUUUUCAUUUAUUCCCAAAGGGCAAGUUGAACGAAGAAAUCAACAUGAAGACUAUAGAUCUAGAUGAAAACAUAAAAGAGGAUCUAUUGACAGACGAUAACGAGAACGAGAAUAAUAACGAUGACGACGACUUUGAUUGGAAUGAUGAUCCCGACCAAGGCAAAGUAGAGGUUCAAAAGUCUACUCGAGAACGUAUUCAGGAAGCCAUGGCAAGACGUUGCUGCUGGCAUUAUCUGUCACCCCUUAUACGACGUAUUAUACUUGCUCUAUCUGGAUCUUGUAUGUUUGCUGCCAUUGGGGUUUGUAUCUAUUUAUUCUUGCCUUAUCCUACCGAAGAAGAAAAGCAAGAUCCGAGCUUUAGGAAUGUCCGUAGUAAUGUUCAGUGCUGGAUGUACUGGGCAGCAUUUAUGUGGCAUAUUGGGUGGGUAACAACAAUUGUUAUCGAACUGCUUCCUACCGUAGUUUCAACAUGGACAAAAAUAUUUAAAGGAAGACGAUCUGAAAGUGUAAAGACCUAUAUGGAGUACUAUAUGAGUCUUAAAUGGUAUACCGGCCUUCUUACUAUGGUUUCAUGGAACUGGGGUACUUGGGCUUUUUUAUUACAAUAUCCUUUCCCAUCUGUCCACAAACAGGACUAUUCGCGUAUUAUCUGGAAUGUAUACGCUUGUGUUUUUGUAGCCACCUGUUUUCUAUUCAUUCAAAAGCUCAUUAUUCAAAUGAUUGCCACCAGUUUUCAUAGUUUUGCUUUUAAUGAUCGUGUCCAGGAAAGCAAAAAUGCGCUUAAAAUUCUUGACUCGCUUAGUAGAGCAGAGGCACGGAGGGCAAGACAAGAUUUUGCAAAUCGAUUGAGAAUUCGACGUCCAUUGAGUAGUCGGAUUUCGUUUGCCCCAGACGACAGUACUCCGACCUUGAAUAAUCUUACAGCUUACAGCGCGACUUCUGUUGGAUAUGGUCACAAGUCAGAUACCAAACGCUUGUCAAAUACACCCGAAAUCUUGUCCCAGUUUCAAAAGCGCCUACAGAGCAUUGUGUUGACAGACCAGCCUCAGUCACGUACCCUGAUUGACAAUGACAAGAUUGACAUAAACUCUAUAGAGUUUGCCAAAAAGGUUGCCCGAAAGCUCUUUCAAUCACUUGCAUAUCCAGUCGGGACACCCUUAAGUGGAGAAGAGGAUUCGAAACGGUCUCUUGAUGUUUCUGACUUUCGGCCUUUCUUUGACACAUUUGAGGAGGCAAAGAGUGCAUUUGCAGUAUUCGACAGAGAUGGGAACGGCGAUCUCACACGAAGAGAGUUUAGAGACACGGUUGUUCAGAUAUACAGAGAGCGAAAGGCUUUGGCCCAGUCCAUGCGAGAUACCAGCCAAGCCCUGGGAAAAAUAGAUGCCAUGCUUUUGUUGAUCAGUAUUAUUGCGACAGUGUUUGUAUCUCUGGCUGUGUUUAAUGUGGAAGUCUGGCACUCGCUUGUUCCACUUGGAUCAUUUUUGUUGGCUUUGACCUUUGUAUUUGGUAACACUGCAAAGAAUACUUUUGAGAGCAUCUUGUUUCUUUUUGUCACACACCCCUAUGAUGCAGGUGAUCUAGUGAUUAUUGAUGAACAGUUUUUGAUGGUGCAUAAUUUAGGACUUAUGGGAACAGUCUUUAUCCGCGGUGAUGGUCAGAGAAUAUAUGCACCAACUACAGUGUUAAUGACAAAGCUAAUUACCAAUGUACGACGAUCAGGAAAUAUGGGAGAAACGAUUCAAAUAAACAUUGAUUUCAGGACACCCACUGAAUUGAUAUACAAGCUACGAGACCAAGUUAGCGAAUGGGUCAGCGGUGAGACGCGUGAUUUUGCAGGGUUCGAUUUGCGUGUCUUGGAUAUCGUGGAUGUGAACCAGAUCUUGAUAAAUCUUUGGUUACCUUACAAGGGAAAUUGGCAAGAGCUUAGCAAACGUUGGCAACGACGUACUCGGUUUAUGUUAGCUCUCAAAGGAAUCCUCACCGACCUUAAUAUUCGAUACGAACUUCCUACUCAAAAGUUUACUCAGGCACAAGAAGAUCGGACAUUUCUGAACGUUAAAUCACCUUUGAGUGGUAACAAUUCUGUAAUCGAAACACCCCAAUCAUUUGCACACCUUCCCAUCAGCUAA